AUGGCUAUACCCGAUUUGAUUGAUUCCAAUAUAAGUGAUGUAGACGAUUUUAGUAGCAUCAACGAUGAUUUCAGUAGUAGCGACGAAAAAGAGGGAUUCGAUAAUUUAAUUGGAUGUAUAGACGAAGAUUCAAUAGAUGGUGAAACUGCUCUUCAUCAUGCAUGUAUUUGUUUCAGUGAGCCUCUACACAAAGCAGCUCUAUUUGGAAAUGCUAAAAUUGUAACUUUAUUGUUGGAAGUUGGUGCUUCUAGAUAUAAAACGAACCGUGAUGGAAAAAUUCCAUAUGAGUUAGCCAAACCUGAUUCAGAAAUUAAGAGAAUACUUGAGGGAAACUAA